UAAAAAAUCGAAAAUAAAUCGGGAAAAAUGGCAAAAAAUUGGGAAUAAAUCUGGGAUGGUGAAGCUGGGUUCCAUUUAGUGAGCACUCAGUUGAGUUUCAUAGCAAAUAAAUAAUAGUAAAUGUGAUUUGUGGUAAGAAUGUGUUAUUUAUUCAUUGAUUUUUUUGCAAAGCGCAUGUUAUGAAACCAAUCAUACUUAGGCAAUAAAUUUUUAUCAAUAUUACUACCUCUUAGAAUUCCAUAUCUUUGUACGUAGCUUCUUUUCUCAAAAUUCUAAUCAUAUCUCAUUAACUAACGACGCUUUAACGGUACAAUUAUUCUUGAUGGCGCUUCUGUCGAAUUUUUUUUUUACUUUUUUUUACUGGCGAACACUGUGUCAAGGUUAGAAAAUUUCUCAGUGACAUUGGUGAACAGCAAUCUAUUAUUAACCUCAGAAUGUUAGUGACAGCUCCCACUGAUUAUCGAAAAUGAAAUAGAAUCACGUGACAAUCUUACACGUAAAAUUUUUAAAAGCAAGCGAUACCAUUUACCAGUGGCACUAAAAGUUAAUUGAUAAAAACCUUAAAUCGUGAACUGCCAAACAUCUGUCAAUAUCACGUGGACUUUGUGGAAACUCAUCGAUACCGAAUAGUCUACUUGCGUUCAGAGCUGACGAUAUGACAAAUUUAUCUUCGUUGAGGUGUCUGGCUCGACAUCCCUGCUUGCUAGAAACGCAUAAAAAGGUUGAAAGAAUGUAUAAUCAAAUAUGCAGCAACAUUGAGAAAACCAAUGACAAAAAAAAAGAUAAUAAAUGUGUAACAGAAGCUGAUACUGACGAAUUAGUCGAGCCUACAACAUGCUGUAUGUCUGGCUGUGCAAACUGUGUCUGGAUUCAGUAUGCGGAAAAAUUAAGCAAAACGAUGGAAAAUAGUGACGAGGAUAUACAGAAAAUGAUAUUGGAUAAAAUAGAGGAUCCAAAUAUGAGGGCGUUCCUUAGCUUGGAGUUACGUUAUCGAAAAUUGAGACCUUAAUCAAGGUAUCUUCAAACCAUAGAAAUUAAUUUGUAAAUAAAUUACUAUUAAAGUUUCACCCAACUUGUUUCAAAGAA